AAUCUCUUGUGCAAGAAAUAUGCAUAGGUCUUCGUCCGAAAUUUGCAAAAGAAACACCAGAAAUUUACGCUAAUUUGGCUAACCAAUGCAUGAACGCAGACGCAUCAAAACGCCCCUCAGCAAAUAAUAUUAUAAAAGUUUUAUAUAUGUUAACAGAUGAUUACUGUAUAAAUUUUUUUAAAAAAGCCGAUUUAAAUAUAAAAAAACUUGAACCUGAAUCUUCAAAAAAUGAUGACGCAAUUACAUCAUAUAGAACAUACAAAUUAAUACAUUCAAAUCUUACAAAGCCUAUGAACUCUACAGAUAUUCCGGAAUUCAAUUUAGAUGAUUAUAAAUCUAGAAUUUCACAGAAAAGUUGUGUAUUAUUUGAUGAAUCAGAAAUUAUUUGA